AUGUCUGAAGAACUCGUGGGAAAGGAGACAGCUUUAGAACUGUUUAUGAGGCUUGAGGCACCUUGGCUGUUUUUAAAAGUAUAUGGUUGUGGUACUGUGAAUAAUGUACUUCGAGGUGGGAUUGCUAAGGGUGAAAUCACUGAAUUGGUCGGUAGUGUUGCAGCUGGCAAAACCCAGUUUUGCCUUUCUGUAGUAGCAAACCUCCUCAUCAGAGAAAAGGAUGGAUUAGUGGUUUACAUGGAUACCAACGGUAGUUUUCGUAGUACUCGCUUAUUGGAAAUACUUGUUUCUAAUAACGUAUCUGUAACCCACGGUCGUGCAUUUUAUAAAGUUACGAAGAGAGGAAUUGUUGAAUUAGUUGAUAAGGAGUUAAAUGAAGACCAAACUCAGGCAAUGGAGGAAAUAAUAUCGGAGAACUGGAACACUGUCAUGCAAAUUUAUACGCAGACUACGGAUGUAGUCAAAGAGUAA